AGCAGCAACAGCAACAGCAGCAGCAACAACAACAGUGGCAGCAGCAGAAGUCGCAGCAACAGCAGCAGCAGCAGCAACAGCAACAGCAGCAGCAGCAACAGCCACAGAAGCAGCAGCAGCAGAAGCAGCAACAGCAGCAGCAGCAGCAACAGCAACAGAAGCAGCAGCAGCAGCAGCAGCAACAGCAACAGUGGCAGCAGCAACAGCAACAGCAGCAGCAGCAACAGCAACAGCAGUAGCAGUAGCAGUAGCAGCAGCAACAGCAGCAGCAGCAGAAGUCGCAGCAGCAGCAGCAGCAGUAGCAGUAGCAGCAGCAACAGCAGCAACAGCAGCAGCAGAAGUCGCAGCAGCAGCAGCAGCAGUAGCAGCAGCAACAGCAACAGCAGCAGCAGCAGCAGCAGCAACAGCAACAGAAGCAGCAGCAGCAGCAACAGCAACAGUGGCAGCAGCAACAGCAACAGCAGCAGCAGCAGCAGCAGCAGCAACAGCAACAGCAGUAGCAGUAGCAGCAGCAACAGUAGCAGCAACAGCAGCAGCAGCAGCAGAAGUCGCAGCAGCAGCAGCAGUAGCAGUAGCAACAGCAGCAACAGCAGCAGCAGAAAUCGCAGCAGCAGCAGCAGUAGCAGUAGCAGCAGCAACAGCAACAGCAGCAGCAGCAGCAGUAGCAACAGCAACAGAAGCAGCAGCAGCAGCAGCAGCAGCAACAGCAACAGUGGCAGCAGCAACAGCAACAGCAGCAGCAGCAGCAACAGCAACAGCAACAGCAGUAGCAGUAGCAGCAGCAACAGCAGCAGCAGCAACAGCAGCAGCAGCAGAAGUCGCAGCAGCAGUAGCAGUAGCAGCAGCAACAGCAGCAACAGCAGCAGCAGAAGUCGCAGCAGCAGCAGCAGUAGCAGUAGCAGCAGCAAUAGCAACAGCAGUAGCAGUAGCAGCAGCAACAGCAGCAGCAACAGCAGCAGCAGAAGUCGCAGCAGCAGCAGCAGCAGCAACAGCAGCAACAGCAGCAGCAGCAGAAGUCGCAGCAGCAGCAGCAACAGCAGUGGCUACCACAACCACCAGCACCAGCACCAGCACCAGCAGCAGUAUAUGAUUCUACCGAUGCUCAAAAUUCAUGAACUGAAGUCAGACACACACACCACCAUCGCUGGAGAGCACAGUUGUGGUGUGGACAGAGUGGUGGACGAUGGAAAACCUGUACAGGGCUAA